AUGGAUACGACCACAGACGAUAUCAGCACUGAUCUCGCCAUCCAGAAGGAGGCAGCGGAAUUUGAUGCAGUGCUCCAGGAUGCGGUGUAUAAUCUUUCAUUGCGCGCCGUCAACCCAGUUGAUGUCGGUGUGAGCAACUUAUCUCUUGAUAUAGAGACUGCACCGUCGCUAUGGAAAACACCGCGCUCUCAAUUCUGGCGUCGUCUUCGCGGCCAGAAGCUCGAUGGGACUGCAAAGACCGUGCUGGAAGGCGUGGACGCCGCCAUGCCAAGCGGGAGUCUGACAGCAAUUAUUGGCAGCAGUGGAUCUGGCAAAACGUCGCUAUUGAAUCUCAUGGCGGGCCGAAUGUCUCUUUCACAAGCCACUGCGACAGGGAAUACCACUUUCAACGGUAAUCCCGAUAUCAAAAGUGUUCGCAGCGCCUAUGUCAUGCAGGAAGAUGUCCUCAUCCCAGCUCUCACGGUCCGCGAGACUUUGCAGUAUUCGGCCGACCUCCGACUGCCGCCACCGACGACCCGAGAAGAACGACGUGCGAUUGUGGAACAGGUAAUCCUCGAGCUCGGACUCAAGGAGUGCGCUGAUACGCGCAUUGGAACGACAGCUCACAAAGGAUGCAGUGGUGGCGAAAAGCGGCGUACGAGUAUCGGCGUUCAAUUGCUCGCAAACCCAUCUGUCUUGUUCUGCGACGAGCCGACGACCGGACUCGAUGCAACCAGCGCAUUCCAGAUCAUCCGCACGCUGAAGCGUCUGGCGCAGGAUGGUCGCACUGUGAUUGUCUCGAUCCAUGCUCCAAGAUCUGAGAUCUGGCGUCUGUUCGAUAAUGUGAUCCUCCUCGCUCGUGGCUCUGUGAUGUAUAGUGGCCCUACAAGCAAGACUUUGCCGUAUUUCGAAAGAUAUGGCCAUGUUCUUCCUCCAUUCGUCAACCCCGCGGAGUUUCUGAUUGAUCUGGCGGCAAUCGAUAAUAGAACCGAGCAACUGGAGGCUGCCUCACACAUUCGUGUCGAUCAUCUAAGACAGACAUGGAGAUCUCAACCGUCGCCGAAAAUUAAGGCCGAUGAAGGCGAGAAGAAGGAAGCAGCGUCGACAUUGGAAUGCGUGGACCCUGGCGCCAUGAAAAAAGUAUCCUUUCAACGGCAAUUCCAUGUGCUUACCUCACGUACCUUCAGAACCACCCUAAGAGACCCGAUGGGCAUGGCUGGAAGCUUACUUGAAGCCAUUGGUAUGGCUGUGAUCAACGGCUGGAUCUUUUUACAGCUGGACGAGAGUUUGGCUGGUAUCCGGUCGCGGGAGGGCAGUCUAUAUACUGCCAGUAGUCUCAAUGGAUAUCUAAUCUUGCUAUACGAAACCUACAGACUGACAAUCGACAUUCGGCUCUUUGACCGUGAAAGGAACGAAGGGGUAGUAGGCGUUCCAGCAUUUCUGCUUAGUCGACGAGUCGCCCGGUUCCCGCUGGAGGACCUUCCAGUGCCGCUGUUAUUCACUGUCAUCUAUUACUUCAUGGUCGGCUAUCGCCUUGACGUCGGCCAGUUUUUUAUUUUCUUCGCUCUGACUCUGCUCACACAUUACAUUGCGGUGACAUUCGCAGCUGUCUCGAUUGGGGUAGCUCGAAGCUUCCCUGGGGCAAGUUUAGUUGGCAAUAUGUGUUUCACACUCCAAUCGUUUGCUUGUGGUUACUUCGUGCAAUCUAAUCAGAUCCCCGUCUAUGUCCGAUGGCUCAAAUGGUGUGCCUAUACAUUUUACAUCUUCGGGGCGCUCUGUGCCAACGAAUUCAUCGGACCGAACGGCUCAGCGCUGGGUCAGUUUUACGAUUGCCCGUACUCUGAUAAUCCGCUCGAUGCGGCAUGCAAAGAGUAUACAGGUCGAUAUAUCAUGGACAGUCUAGGAAUGCCAUCGAAUUGGAUAUGGCGCCCGAUCGUGAUACUUGUCGGUUUCACUAUCGGACAUUACCUCCUGGCUGGGCUGUUGUUACAAUACAACCGCUUUGGAAUCGAUAUCGCGCAAGCUCGAAGGUCAGAGGGGGAUCCUUCUGGCAAGGCCAAGAUGGCAGUUCGUCCUGCGGAGGAGGUCCGUCGAGUUGCGAUCUCUCUGGACCAGUACGCCUUGGAGAUUCGCAAGCGGCGAUUGCCCUGGCAGCAUACCCAGACUCUUCCAAUUCUGCGUCCCAUUACUGCGGAAUUUCAUCCGGGACAACUGAACAUCAUCAUGGGCCCAUCAGGAAGCGGUAAGACGUCGUUGCUUAACUCGAUUGCUCGUCGGCUGCACGGAUCGAUGGGCACACAGUAUUGCCUUGGCGGCCAGAUGUUGUACAACGGGGCCGUACCAUCGGAAAACGUGAUCCGCUCAGUUACGUCGUUUGUGACCCAAGACGACGAUGCUCUCAUGCCAUCGCUGACUGUCCGCGAAAGUCUUCGGUUCGCCGCUGGCCUGCGACUGCCAACAUGGAUGUCACGCGAAGAGAAGAAUCGCCGGGCGGAAGAAAUUCUGUUCAAGAUGGGGCUCAAAGAAUGCGCCGACAAUUUGAUCGGAAGCGAGCUGAUCAAAGGAAUCAGCGGCGGCGAGAAACGUAGAGUUACAAUCGCGAUUCAGAUUCUCACCGACCCCAAAGUCCUCUUGUUGGACGAGCCGACGUCCGGUCUGGAUGCUUUCACGGCCAUGUCAAUCAUCGAGGUCCUACAAAGCCUCGCAUCUGAGGGUCGCACGUUGAUCAUGACAAUCCAUCAAUCCCGUUCAGACCUGUUUAGCCAUUUCUCGCACGUCCUGCUCCUUGCGCGCGGGGGCUACCCCGUUUACGCAGGCCAGGGCCAGCAAAUGCUCCCGCAUUUCGCGACCUUGGGCCACGAGUGCCCGAAGACCACGAAUCCGGCGGACUUCGUUUUGGAUCUGAUAACGGUUGAUCUACAGCAAGAGGACCGCGAGGCCGUGACUCGUGCCCGCGUCCAGCAUCUCAUUACUUCCUGGACUAACGCAACGCCGCAGUUGGGCCGAGCCUCAUCGCAGAUUGCGACGCCGGCAGAGCUGGGAAGUCUGCGACGCCAGAUGCUACCGUUUCGGGUCACAUAUCCGUUGGUAUUACAUCGGUCCAUGAUCAACUUUUGGCGACAGCCACCGCUGGUCAUGGCGCGGUCGAUGCAAAUUGUUGGAAUUGCUAUUAUCAUGGCACUUUUCUUUGCACCGCUGAAGAAUGACUACGCGGCCGUACAAUCCCGUAUGGGCUUCAUUCAGGAAUUUGCAGCGCUAUAUUUCGUUGGUAUGCUGCAAAACAUCGCUAUCUACCCCAACGAACGAGAUGUGUUCUACCGCGAAGAAGCGGACAACUGCUACUCUGCCGAAACAUUCAUGCUGUCAUACACAACGAUUGAGGUGCCUUUCGAGAUUGCCUCGGCGCUGGUAUUCGGUGUGCUCGCGGCGUUCGCCGACAACCUCAAGCGUAGCGGGCAGAUGUUCCUGAUUAGCGCAUUCAACUGCUUUUGCAUCAUCAGCUGUGGUGAGUCCGUGGGAAUAAUAUUCUGCACACUGUUCUCGCAUGUUGGCUUUGCUGUCAACGUGACGUCGAUUCUGCUCUCAAUCUCGACAAUCCUCGGCGGCGUUAUGAGUCUGAAUGUCAACUCUGUCUUGCAGGGCAUCAACCACUUGUCGCCUAUCAAAUACGCGAUUGCCAAUUUGGCACCGUAUUCGAUGCAUGGCCAGCAUUUUCACUGCUCAGUAGUGGAGCAGCUUGCGGACGGGAGUUGUCCGAUCAACACGGGCGAACAGGUGCUUGCGCUAUAUAACCUUGAUAAAGAUGGGCCCAUGAACGUGAUGGCCCUUGGUGUGUGCACCAUAAUCUAUCGACUCAUUGCAUACUUGUUCCUCAAAGCAAUGCGAUCACAUCGCAUGAUGGAACGGUGGCGUGAGUGGCGGCGGUCUCGACGAUCGACAUGA